AUGACUCGGUUGAAUCCGAUGAGUAACACCAACUGCGACGUCGACGGGCCGUGGGUCGUCAUCGGGACGGUGGGAGGUCCAAAUUACACUAGAACCAGGUCCAAGAGGCAGAGGACAUCCAUGAAGCCAAGGUCAGGACGCUCAUCGAGCCCGAGGUUUGAAGCCUGGGCCACCACGGACGCUUUGCGAGAUCGGCUCGCACUGGCCCCGCGGGCCGGGGCGGCGCUAUCGGACGACAUCCGCCACACGGCGCCUCCCAGAGGCAAUCUGAGGAUAGCCGAUUCCCGAACCCGCGCUGUCGACGACGCCGGGGCGUCGUCGCCGUUCGAGGUUGCGACUUUGGCGCCAUUUCCGCCUCCAACCGACUUGUCACUGAAUCCCGGCCCGGAAUUCAGGCCUGCGUGUCUCGAGCCCUACUCUGUUCUGAAUGGGGAUGACUUUGUCGCGAUAUUCUCUAUCUACGGCAAGCCUUCCCAUGAGCAGCCCAUGACCGAGGGAGACGGCUUCAUGACGUGUGAACCGCAUUUUCUACCGCAGUAG